AUCCGAACCGGCGAACCCUGGGCCGCCGAAGUGGAACGUGCGCACUUAACCACUGCACCACUGGGCCGGCCCCAGAUUUUACAUUUUAUCUGUAAAAACUUCCAGCUGUGUCUCGAAAAGAUGUAACUGCAAACCAUGGCAACAAUCUUGUGACCACACCCAGAAAGUUUAAGGAUGAUUCCUCAAAAUCAUCGCGUAGCCUCAGUGUUUCCAUUUCCCCAAUUGUCUCUGAAAUAUUCGGUGUCUGUCUACAGUUUGUUCAAAGGAAAGUCCAGACAAGGUCCAGGCACUGGAUUUGGUGGAGGGCGGAUCCCUUUAAGUUCUGGGUUCCUCUCUGUGUUUCCUCCUUGCAACAUACUGGUUGAAGAAACCGGGUUGUUUGUCCUGGAGGCUUUGCCAGUGCGGUGUCAUCCUUGCGACGGAGUUUGAUGCAUUCCUCUGUCCUCACCGUGACUGACCAGUGGUCAGACCCAGUUUCCUUUUUUGGCAAGACUCACAGAGGGCCUUGUGCCCUCUCUACAUGCCCAUCUUCCUCUACUUUAUAUGUGGGUCACUGCCACCACAUGGCUGAUGAGUGGUGUAGGUCCAUGCCGGGGAUCAAAACCUGUGAACCUGUGAACUGGGGAACCCAGGCUACUCAGCAGUGGGCAGUGAAUUUAACAACUACACCACGGGCCUGCCCCUAUUUCCAAAUACUUUCAAUCGGGGUUUGAGUUGCUCUCUCAGUACCGUGUGGGAAAUGGAUUGGGGGCCAGGGCAGCAGAGGAGGGACCUGAGUGGAGAGGGGAGGUGCUCCAGUGAGAGAGGACGGGGCGUAGCUUCAGGGAUGGGGAGACUGGAUGAAUGCCAGGUGUCAUCAAGGCCCUCGAAAAUGUCCCUCUCCGGAGCUCAGAUCAGAGGCACCAGAGGCGGGUCAGAGGGCAGAGAGAUGGAGUCAAUGGAGGUGGGAAGGCCCAUCCGACCCCAAGUCCCUUCUCUUGGGGUGAAAAGACCAGCUGCCCAGAGGGGAGGGUCAGGGAGCAUGAUGUCAGGGGUCCGGGCCAGUUACAAGUAGCAUCCUUGACAGAUGGUGGUUCAGGAUUCAGCUGUCCCCUUGCCUCAGCACCACGCACAGGCAAUGGGGGGGUCCCUCAAGAUCUUCAAAGGUGAAGGGCCUAAAGGAGCCACCCAGGUGGUCAACACAGAGCCGGGCACCCAAUAAAUGUGGGCUCUGUUCAUUUUCAUAGCUUCCCUCAUCAUCAUCCCCAGAUCUCUUCAUUGUCCCCCAGGAAAUGCUGAGAGCUCACGCUAACCCGUUGAGACCCUGCCUAGAAGUCCCUUCAUCUCCCCUUGAAACACUGCCUUGAAAUCCAACCUUAUCACCUCAAGGGCAGCGCCUGGAGGUCCGCCAUAAGUUCAGUGGAAGGAGGUGCCUCCGCUGCUGUCCUAGGCGUCGCGUGCAGCCCCUGGACUUCUGCAAUCUUAACUGCCGUGACUGCACUUCCGUUCCCGGGCCAGCCCCACCUGCUCCUCCCUGCCCGCGCCUCAUUAAGACAUCCUCCUCCCGAAGGUUGGCCACCAUGAUGCCUUCGGGGCCGCUGCCCAGGGUCUGCUGGACCUCACUCCUCUCCCUGCUUCUCGUCUGCUGUCUGCGGCCCCCAGGUGCCCAGGGGCAGUUCUCGCUGCGAUUGGAGCCCCAGGACCUAGUGGUGCCUGAAGGAGGGUCCAUCUCGGUAAACUGCAGCACAGACUGUCCCAACGCUCAGCACGUCACUCUGGAGACGUCCCUCCCCAAGGAGCCAUUGAGCAGUGGCUUGGGCUGGGCAGCCUUCCGGCUCAGCAAUGUGACUCAUGAUGAUAGAGAGGUCCUCUGCUCCAGCUUCUGCAAUGGCUUACAGAUAUCAGGCUCUUUUGGCAUCACAGUGUACCGGUUCCCCGAUCUCGUAGAGCUGGAACCCCUGCCUUCCUGGCAGCCCGUGGGCCAGAACCUCACCCUGAGCUGCCAGGUGGCAGGCGGGGCGCCCCGCGACAACCUCACCGUCGUGCUGCUCCGCGGGGAGGAGGAGCUGAGCCGGCAACCGGCGGUCGGAGAGCCCGCCCUGGUCAACCACAUGGUGGAGGCCCGCAGAGAGGACCACGGCGCCAACUUCUCGUGCCGCGCGGAGCUGGACCUACGGUCCCGAGGGCUGGGACUGUUCCAGAACAGCUCGGCCCCCAGGCAGCUGCGAACCUACGCCUUGCCCGUGGGGCCCCUGCACCUCGAUGUUCCCCGGUUCUUGGAGGUGGAAAGGCUGUGGCUCGCGAACUGCACGCUGGACGGGCUGUUCCCCGCUUCUGAGGCAAAGAUCCAACUGGCGCUGGGGGACCAGAUGCUGAAGUCCCAGGUCGAGAGACACGGGGACAGGAUCACGGCCACAGCCAAUUCCACCGCGAGGGCGGAGCAGAACGGCACCCAGGAGAUCGUCUGCAAAGUGACCCUAGGGGACGAGAGCCGGGAGACCCGAAGGAACUUGACCAUCUAUAGCUUCCAGGGGCCCAUCCUGACCCUGAGCGCGCCCAGCGUCGCCGAGGGGACCAUAGUGACUGUGACUUGCACGGCCGGAGCCCGAGUCCAGGUCACGCUGGACGGAGUUCCAGCCGAGGCCCCGGGGCAGCCCGUCCAGCUUCAGCUAAACGCCACGGAGAGGGACGACAGGCGCAGCUUCAUCUGCAACACCACCCUCAAGGUGGACGGGGGGAUCUUGUACAGGAAUGAGAGUGUCCAGCUGCGUGUCCUGUACGGUGCCAAGAUUGACCGAGCCAAAUGUCCCCAGAACUUCACGUGGGAAGAAAUGACCACCCACGUCCUUGAGUGCCAGGCCUGGGGCAACCCGGACCCGGAGCUACAGUGUGUGAAGCAAGCAUCGAAGGUCAAGGUGCUUGCCGGAACCCCAUUCGUCGUCAGGUUAAAACACCAUGGUACCUACACGUGCCACGCGAACAACUCACACGGGAAGGACAGUGUGACCGUGGUGGUGAACGUUCAAGCUCGGAACCCCGCCGUCGUCCCCGUGCUGGUGGUGUUAGCGAUCCUUGGCCUGAUCACUGUCUCAGCGGCCUUACUGUAUGUCUUCGUGUUGAAGAAACACUCCGUGAGUGACAUCUACUAUGUGAAUCGGGGGAGCACCACCUGCUUGCCCCUCAGGUCUAGGCCGGCUGACCAAAGACUGGGGGAGGAGUCGUCCUGAGCCUCGGGCCGCCGGGAUACUGGACAAAGGGGAUGGGGGUUUGGCUGUGUCUCCGGGUUUCGUACCAAUAAAGCCUUCAAAAUCCGG